AUGGUUAGGACCAAACCCAGAUACAACAACAACAACAACAACAAUUAUUACCGUCACCGUGGACAAGGAGGCAACAACAUGUUCAACAACAACAGGUUUUCAAGGACCCAACAGCAACAGCAGCAACCGCAGCAGCAACAGCAGCAGCAACAACAAGACCAAUCAUCGUCAUUAAUGGUGACAACAAGUUACAGAAUUUUAUGUCAUGAUAUGAAAGCAGGAGGAGUAAUUGGUAAGUCAGGGAGCAUAAUCAAGUCAAUAAGGCAACACACAGGCGCGUGGAUUAAUGUUCAUGAAUUGAUUCCUGGUGACGAGGAGAGGAUUAUUGAGAUUUCGGAUACGCGUAGGAGAGACCCAGAAGGGAGAAUGCCUUCGUUUUCGCCAGCGCAAGAGGCGCUUUUUUUGAUACAUGAUAGGAUCCUUGAGAACGAUUUGCAGUAUGGUGUGGUGAGUAGUGGGGUUGGUGGGUUUGAUGAGGAUGAGUAUGUGGGGAGAGGAGGGAAUAGAGUGGCUACCAGAUUGGUUGUUUCAAGAAUGCACGUGGGAUGUUUGUUAGGGAAAGGUGGGAAGAUUAUUGAGCAAAUGAGGAUGGAAACAAAGACCCAGAUUAGGAUUUUGCCUAGAGAUCAUACCUUGCCAAGAUGUGUUUCCAUGUCUGAGGAGAUUGUUCAGGUUGUAGGUGAUGUCAAUGCUGUGAAAAAUGCUGUUGCUAUUAUUUCAUCAAGAUUGAGGGAGAGUCAGCAUCGUGACCGCAGUCAUUUUCAUGGACGGGUACACUCACCAGAGCGGUUUUUUGAUGAUGAUUAUGUUCCUCAUGUGAAUACACGUCGUUCAUCGAUGGACGGACCACCCUCUUUUGGUUCGCGAGUACCUGCCCCUAACUACAGAAACAAUAACUAUUCCUCACGAGCAUCCGGUUUUCCUGUUGACUCUGGGGCUGAUCACAUCGCUGACAGUGCACAGCCCUUUUAUGUCGAGGACCUUGUGUUUCGAAUCCUUUGCCCAGUUGACAAAGUUGAUAGAGUUUUUGGAGAACCUGAUGGCAUAGUGGACUUGCUUCAAAAUGAAAUAGGUGUGGAUGUUAAGGUUGCUGAUCCUGUGUCUGGGUCUGAUGAACAAAUAAUCACCAUUUGCUCUGAGGAGGGUCCUGAUGAUGAGCUAUUUCCUGCUCAAGAAGCUUUGUUGCACAUUCAAACUCGCAUUGUUGAUCUUGUUCCAGAUAAAGACAACAUAAUAACAACUAGAUUACUUGUCCCAUCUAGUGAGAUUGGAUGUUUAGAGGGAAGAGAUGGCUCAUUAUCUGAGAUGAAAAGGUUAACUGGUGCAACGAUAGAUAUCCUGCCAAAGGAAAUGCUUCCGCCACAUUUACCAGGGACUGAUGAGCUUGUACAGAUUGAAGGGGAAAUAAAGGCAGCUCGUGAUGCUCUAGUUGAAGUGACAUCAAGACUUCGGAGUUACUUAUACAAGGAUGUCUUCCAGAAGGACCUGCCUCCACCUGUGUCUGCACCAGGCCCUGCUGGGACUGCUGGAGGAGUGCAGACAGCUUCUCCAAAUAACCCAACUCCAGCUCGUGAAGGUCACAGUGGUGGGGAUCCUCCUGCAAACUUUCAGAAUAUGCAAUCUGCUGCAACACCACAGCCAUCAAAGGAUGCUAGAGGAUCUAGUGUUGAAACUGUGAAGCAGAAUGAAAGCGAACGCCGUGAAGAUAUGCCUACUCCUACAAUGAAUAGAAUCCCUGUAACGCUGGUCACUAGGAGUAUACUUGAAGUUGUCAUUCCUGAGCCCGCAGUCCCCAAGCUUAUUACCAAAUCGAAAAACAAGCUUGCACAGAUCAGUGAGUUAUCCGGAGCCAAUGUAAUACUCGUCGAAGAUAGACCAGAUGUGACAGAAAAGAUCAUACAAAUAUCUGGAACCCCAGAGCAGGCAGAGAGAGCACAGAGCUUGCUUCAAGGCUUUAUUUUAAGCACACAAGAAGAUGGACCUUAG